GCCACCUUUUCCGAAGACCGGUAGGAUCGGGGAUGCCCUUACGGGUGGUCUGUGAUUCUGAGGAGAGACAGAUGAUAGUUGCGGAGCUUCACGAUGGGGUAGUCGGAGGACACAGAGGAAUCAAAGGAACCUACGAAAAGGUACGCAGGUUGUACUGGUGGGAAGGACAGUAUAAGGACGUCGAGAGGUAUUGUAUGACCUGCGAAGAAUGCCAGAAGAGGGCUCAUGUGAGGUAUAAAGAGCCACUCCAUCCAUCCUAUCCAACCAGACCAGGAGAGAAGGUACACAUCGAUCUAGUGAAAAUGCCGAAAGGAGUAGGMAAUAUGAACUACGUCGUGAAUAUACGAGACGAUUUCACUAGGUUCGUUGACGGUAAACCCAUCAGGAGUAAGACGGCAAAGGAAGUAAAGAACUUCGUCCUAGAGUACAUAUCUAGGUAUGGCUGUGUCGGCAAGAUAGUGAUGGAUAGAGGAUCGGAGUUCUUGGCUGACGAGGUUCAGGAUGUGUUUAAGAGAGCUGGGGCGAGAGUUUCGAUAGCCACCGCCUAUCACCCACAGACGAACUCCCCAGUAGAGAGAGGACAUCAGACUCUGAUAGCAUCGCUGUCCAAGUGGUGCAAAGGCAAGGACAGUGAUUGGCCACGAUAUUUUCGAUAUGCAAUAUGGGCGGACAACGUCACGGUCCGGGCUAGUACCGGAUACCCACCCUACACUUUGUGGUUUGGGCGACAUUGCCCGCUUUUCAUAGAGUUUCAUGUCGAUAGCUGGACGACCAUCGACUGGGCGGAGGAGAUGUCCAGGGAGGAACUUAUAGCCGCUCGAACAAGACAGAUAGCCUAUGGUUUGGAAGAGAACCUCAUGACAGCGUCAGAUCGCUUGGCAGUGGAAAGAGACAAAGGUAAAGAGAGAUGGGAUAAGAAUGUGAGAAUCAGGAAAGAGAGGGUGAGUGUAGGGGAUAUGGUCCUUCUCUACGAUGCCGCGCUUGAAAGAACUUGGACCGGGAAGCUCGCGAACAGAUGGAUGGGACCUUACAGAGUGGUUGAGGCACUCGACUGGGGUGCAUAUAUGAUAGUUGAGUUAGACGGGUCUAAGUGGAAGGACCCAGUGGCGGGUACCAGGUUAAAGCUGUUUAGGCCAAGGCCCGGGGCCGCCUUGUCGCUAGCUGACCCGAAGGGGAAAGGAAAGGCCAAGAUAGAGGACGGAACUCCCCCGAGGCGAUACGAGGCAGGAGAGAGUUCCAAGAAGAGGAAAAGGGUGGAGAAAAGGAAGGUUAAAGGGUUAGCUCUAGGAAGAAAGAAGAAAUGACUAUUCGUGCUUAAAAGGGUCAAACGAAGAGUCCGCGUUAGACAAACUGGCGGGACGGCACCCUUCCCGGGCCAACGACAGAAUAAAAGGAGGAUCCUGCCAAGCCAGAGGACUCGGCGGGAAAGGAAAGUCAGGAARCRUCCGCUUAGCCCCAGGACCAG